AUUAUUAGCCCAAAUGAAUUUUAAAUUCGGAAAAACCCUUACAUUGAGAUUAAAACACAAUUACCCUCCAAAGAGAAACCCCAACCUAAUUCGCGCACAGAGUCUCACUCUCCUCACUCGCUCGCUCGCUCGCUCACCACCACCUAGAUUUGAGGCAUGGCGCUGAACGAAAGCGGACCCGAUCCGGAAGAUGAGGAGCUGGAGCGCCAAGUGGAUGAAAUGGCGAAGAAGGUUCUCGAGUACAGAGCAACUUUACCAGUUCAGCUCAAGAACACCGUCGCCUCCAUUCUCGCCGUCCAGCCGCCCGUAUUUUUGGAUGGGUCGGGACCAGGGACGUCCGGAGCUCCAAAUUUUGAUCAUUCCUUCACUAUCAAAGAGCUGUUACGUUUGGCCGAGUUGAUACAAUAUUGUGUGGCUAAUGCCAAUUUGUCUGAUGCAUCGCUACAUACUACGAGGAUGCACGAUUAUUAUUCGAUCAACACCAAAGUUGAUGAUACCUACUUGCAGAAUGUAUCACGGUAUAAAUUGCCGAUCAUUUUGGGUCUUUGUUCAGUACCAUUAUAUGCAUCAGGAUCAUUAAGGCCAAAGUUCUUCGGUUAUUUCACUUUUCUGGAUUUUUUGAAGCUAGUGUGCUUGUGGAAUGCUAGAAGAUUUGGAAAUUUAGCAUUUUCACUAAGGGUAUAUGCGGCUACAUAUCCAGCAAUUAAGGUCAAGAUUGCUAUGAUUGAAUCAUGCAUGGUAGAAGCACAAUUUUGGCCGGCUUGGUUCAAAAUCUGUGUGGCAACCAAUUUUCUUGUGGUAUGUUGGGAGAUUCACACUGCGAUGGUUUUGGAGGCAUCUUUCAUGAUAUUGUUUUGGAACUCAAAGGCUUGGGUGAACAAGCAACGCAAUCCUCUACAUGCCAACUUGACGACAUGAGGACAUGCCUUCUUUUAAGGGGGAGGGAAUGUUAGGAUCCUAGUUAUGGGGUUUAUAUAUUUAUGGUAUUUUGUCUUAUCUUUGUAGUAGUUGGCUUCAUCCAACGGUUCUGAGGAUAGAGAUGUGUUCCCAUAUGGGCACUCCUCUGCUAGGGUUGUAUAUAAGCCUCAUUUCACCAUUUGGGAAAUGCAUGAAUGAAAAGACUUGUUAUUUUAUUUCUUACUUUCCUUGCAUUUUCCUUUCCUUCUCCAUUCCUCUCGAAUGGGUCCUAUCAAAUGAUAUGGAUGGGAAAAGUUUGCAUUGACAAUGACAUAGUGUUUAGCAACCCAUCUUUGUAGGUAGUGAUCAUACAGUUCAUACUAGCAUAUCGGCGCUCACACGCCGAACAUGGCUGAUAAUGCGAUGAUGUCUGCUUAUUUUUCCAUCUCACUAAGGGAGACUCAAUAGUGGAAAAGCUGAAGUGAGAGAAAAUUCCUCACCCUUCCAUGGUGAUCACUGAAGAGUGGAGUAAAUUAGUGAAACAAUGGUAUGUUGCUAUGUUGCAUUGCAUAGUGAUGAACAAAUGUUAUUGGGGACAACAUUGGUGGUGGUCAUAGUGGCCAUCUUAGUGUCGGUGUCAAUGGAAACGCGAAGGUGGAGAUGAUGUCUCUG